AUGGCGAAUGACCUACAAUAUGUGAUCACCCUACCCACAGCGGUCGAAAUCAUGAACGCUCAAGGUGGGGAAUCCGUGGAAGGAUACACUUUAGAGAACAUCGAACUGGAAUACGAGUCCAUCGACAACAUCGAUCUCUCAAGGAAAGCCGAGGGUCUGUACGGAUCCGAACGCCAGCUAUCCUUCGAACACGCUACCCUAAUGAAGAAAACGGAAUGGAGCAAGGUUUCCACCAUCAAUAACGAACGAUCAACGUACAACGCAGAAGUAUGAAAGCCAUCGUCAUGCUAUUCACAAACAAGACAAAGACGGACAGCGAGGAAUAUAUUUAUCCCAACAUUGAAAAGGUUAGGGUAACCAUAGAAGGUGUUCCCAAUGCAGUCUACAGUCAAGGUAUCCCAAAACAAGAAUGUACGAGGAGGCAAGGCGACUGUUCUGUACCGACGAAAUCAGUCACCAGACACUAACCGGAUUCUUCAAAGACAAGAAAUUCGCACUGGCCAUCGACCUCAGAACCGCAAGCGACGCCAACACAUAUGGAAACGGUGCUAAAAUCCAGAACACCCAAUCUGGAAUACUGGUGGAAAUCACAAAGAAAGCCACAACUGCAGACGUUGUAUGUUACUUGUUCGUCCUUUCCGACUGUGUUAUCAAGAUCGUAAACGGACAACUUGCUGGAAUAAAGUAUUAA